GUCUUGUUCUUGUAUUACGCGAUUCGCGUCGAAAUACGCGUCCCCUAUGAAGGUGCUUCAUCAAUUAAUAAUGAUGGGAAGUACCAUCUUCAACCUUUGCCAUGCACAGCGAGGAGCUAGCCUCUGGAUACAUUGUACUAUCGCACCAACCAGCAACACAUGGCGAGUACCGUUGGAAGUUUUGAUUGCUCGCUGCCCCUGCCAUGUGAAAAGUGCGACGCACUUUCAGCCAGAGCAUAGCUUGGUCACCUCUUGUUUUGAGGAGCAAGAAUUCGGCGAAACAUAUACACUUUCGACAUGGAGAUUUCAGUGGCGGCGAAUUUUGCUGUCCGUUAGGUGACCGAGAAAGGCAUUACAAUCUUGGCAGAGCUGUAUGGUGGGCAUUCGGUUGGUGUCAAGACGAUUUUGAUACCAGGGACUUGUUUGGAGGGGAUGGAAGCAAGAAGACACAUGCGUAGACUCGAGGAGAGCUUUUUUCGACCUCCACGGCAGGACAUAGGCCC